CCCACUGUACCUAUCAGGUGGUGGGGGGGAAGAGUUGGGCCCAAAUCAUGGAGUCCAACACAGACAGCCCAUGUCGGGCUGUAGAGUACCUACUGGAGCUCAAUAACAUAAUUGAGAGCCAGGCCAAACUUUUAGAUUCGCAACGUAAACGCAUCGAGGAGCUCGAAACACAGCUAGACCGUGUCAACCAGGAAAACCAGAGCCUACGACAGGACAGGAGCCCAGGAACCGAGAACUCAAUGCAGAAUCACAGCUACAACCAGAGCUCUAAGCCUGGCCAGCCAUCAUCGCUACCAAACCACAAUGCAGGAGGUGUCCAUCAGAACAGCAACAGUACCAUACCUUCAUCCACGAUGCCUGGUCCAGCUCGACGGAUGCACGCAAGGUUGACUAGAGGCCUGUCUUGGGGGUCAGUCACUGUUGAGAAAGAAAGGGGACGACAGAAUCAAAAUGACAGCUCUGGUACCAGCAACACGUCGACUCUACGGAAACAUGAGGUGGAAACCCAGGGUUCAGAUUCACGUCCCUUCUCAGACAGUUCCUGCAGUAAAUCUCCUUACAUACACAGCUCUGACCAUUACGGGAACAACAGCUGUGGCCCCCCAGGACCCCGGGUGCCUUUUGUGGCCCCUCCAAGCACAGCCAGCCUUGCCUGGGCCCAGCGUACACGUAACCAACCAGCUAGCCUGGCCCUACGUAAACAAGAGGAAGAGGAGAACAAGAGGUGCAAAGCUUUAUCGGACAACUAUGAGCUCUCUACAGACCUACAAGACAAGAAGGUGGAGAUGUUGGAGAAGAAAUAUGGAGGUUACUUCGUGAGCAGACGAGCAGCACGCACCAUCCAGACAGCGUUCCGUCAAUAUCGCAUGAACAAGAACUUUGAGCGCCUGCGCAGCUCAGCUUCUGAGAGCCGGAUGACACGCCGCAUUAUCCUUUCCAACAUGCGACUGCAGUACUCGUUUGAUGACCGGCACCCUCAACUGCCCACCCCGACUCACUACAGUCACAGUCCAGGAAUGGGUCCUCCCCAUUCUCCAACCUGCACCACAGAGCCAAGCUCCCCACGGCCAGAGUACACUCACCUAGAGGACUCCUUCUCUAAACAAGUGAAGUCCUUGGCCGACUCCAUUGAUGAUGCCCUGACAUGUCGACCACGGCGAAAUGAUUCCCAGGAAGGCAUAGGGGAUGGAAGUGCUGUUGUGGAUGACUUUGGAGAGUGCAUCUGGAGCAGCAACAGCCAUGCAUCCCUCCGCAGAGGCCUUGGAGACAGGGAUCGAGGAGGUACUGGAGGUUUGAGCAUGCACGAGGAUAGCACAGCCACCUCCUACAGCGACGUCACACUCUACAUGGACGACGGACUACCUUCUUCACCGCUGUCCCUAGACCGAGCACCUAGCAGCACGGACACCGAGUUCUGGGGGGGUGUUGGAUGCGGGGUAGGCGGUAGGGAAGACAGCCGUGACACAGAAGGGGGAGGGAGCAGCAACAGUCGUCGAAGCACACCUUGCACAGAAUGUCGCGAUUACCGUUUACGGGGAGGACACUUACCGCUCCUUACAAUUGAACCACCUAGCGAUAGCUCAGUGGACAUGAGUGACCGCUCAGACCGAGGUUCCCUUAAUAGACAACUAGUUUACGAGCAGGACACAGGGGGAGGGUCGCCUCAAGGGACACUAAAACACAACCCCAAUGCUCAUGCAAUAUCCUCGACAGCCGCGCAAGGUCAAACGCGUCCAGGUAGCAGAUCGCUACCAUCACAUAUCCCACACCACAUGGCUCAUCAUCACCACCAUCAUCACCACCACCAUCACCAGUAUCCUGACACCCCCUCAUCCUCUUCCUCACCUCAACAGCCCCCGGCCACGCCUCUUUCAUCCUCCUCCUCAGCACCGAUGCCCUCUGAUGGCCUGGAGCAGCAGUGCUGCUCAGAUGGUGAUAAUGACUCGCUAAACUCCACCACAAACUCGAAUGAGACCAUUAAUUGCAGCUCAGGCUCCUCAUCAAGGGACAGUCUAAGAGAGCCACUGCCCCCUCUAGGAAAACAGACCUACCAGAGAGAAAGCCGACACAGCUGGGACUCUCCUGCCUUUAACAAUGAUGUGGUACAGAGAAGACAGUAUCGCAUCGGACUGAAUCUCUUCAACAAGAAGCCAGAGAAGGGUAUCCAGUACUUGAUUGAGAAGGGCUUUGUUUCAGACACACCAGUGGGCAUCGCUCGCUUCAUCUUGGAGAGAAAAGGCCUGAGUCGACAGAUGAUUGGAGAGUUUCUUGGCAACAGGCAGAAGCAGUUCAACAAAGAUGUAUUGGACUGUGUUGUGGAUGAAAUGGACUUUUCCGGAAUGGAUCUCGAUGACGCUCUGAGGAAGUUCCAGGCUCAGAUAAAAGUGCAGGGAGAGGCCCAGAAAGUGGAAAGACUUAUUGAGGCCUUCAGUCAGAGGUACUGCGUUUGUAAUCCAGCACUGGUGAGACAGUUCCAGAACCCAGACACAAUCUUCAUCCUGGCUUUUGCCAUUAUCCUCCUCAAUACAGACAUGUACAGCCCCAACAUCAAAGCAGAGAGGAAGAUGAAGCUGGAUGAUUUCAUCAAGAACCUGCGAGGGGUAGAUAAUGGUCAGGACAUCCCACGUGACUUACUAGUUGGAAUCUACCAUCGCAUUCAGAAGUGGGAACUGAGGACCAAUGAUGAUCAUGUUUCUCAAGUCCAAGCAGUGGAGAGAGUCAUAGUGGGCAAGAAACCUGUUUUGUCUCUGCCUCACCGCAGGCUGGUGUGCUGCUGUCAGCUCUAUGAAGUCCCAGACCCCAACCGUCCUCAGAGGUCUGGAGUCCACCAGAGAGAGGUCUUCCUAUUCAAUGAUCUGAUUGUGGUUACCAAGAUCUUCCAGAAGAAGAAGACCUCUGUCACAUACAGUUUCAGACAGUCCUUCCCUCUGGUGGAAAUGCAGGUUCACAUGUUUCAAAACUCCUACUACCCUCAUGGUGUCAGACUAACAUCAGCAAACCCAGGUGGCGAGCGUAAAGUUUUGAUUGUGUUCACAGCUCCCAGUCAACAGGAUCGCACACGGUUUGUCAGUGAUCUGAGGGAGAGCAUUGCAGAGGUGCAGGAAAUGGAGAAAUACAGAGUGGAGUCUGAGCUGGAGAAGCAGAAGGGUGUGAUGCGCCCCAGCCUGCUCACCAACAGCAUUAUGGGUGGAGGAGUGGGUGGGGUCAAGAAUGAAGUGGUCAAUGGCACUAUGGGCAGGCCCAGUCUGGAUGACAACUAUUCCCCAGGAGAGGGCCUCAAACGCACUGCUCUCAGCUCCUCACUGAGGGACCUGUCUGAAUCAGGGAAACGUGGCCGCAGAAACAGCGUUGGUUCCCUUGACAGUACAAUGGAAGUAAGUCUCAGUGAAGCAGAGCAGUCCGCAGCCUCACCAGCGUUACCAAGUAGCCACUGUGCUUCCGGGAUGCUAUGGAACAGAAGACUACCGGCCUCACCGCCCCAUCCUGAGCCCCGGAGUGGGGAUGGGGGGUGGGUCGGGGCAGCAACACACACCUGCGGUGACAGGCACUGGGCCAGUCUCCAGCAGCACAGAGAGAGGAAUGAGUGGAGUGGGUACUGGGACCAACAACAACACAGGCUCCUUCCUGGGCUCCCUGUUUGGGGGCAAACGAGCCAAAGCUCCUACCAUCCCACCGGGGCCACCCUACCCCGCCCCUGUGGCCCCACCAACCACCGGAGGACCGCCGCCUCCAUCCCCUUCCUCUCUAUGUCCGGCGGAGGGAGGGGGACCUUCCAAAAUCCAAGCCCUGCACGCCCAGUACUGCCACACUACAAGCAACAGUGUCAGUGGGCAGCCUCCACCUCCAUACUACCACCACCAUCGCUACCACACGCAGACCAUGCCGUCAUCUGGUCAGGUGCACCAUACGCUUCAGCGGGUUACCUUGCCUCGUCGGCCGCCCCCCAACCCCUCCGUGCACUCCCCGUACCAGCCGCUCUCCCAGCAUACUUUGCAGGGUCGCUACGGGAGUAUGGGCAACAUGGGCUCCGGCCCCCCUCCCCCCCUUUCUCCUCACUCCCCACUCUCCCCUCACCCACAGUUUGUGCUGUUCCACACACAACCCACACACUCGGCCAGAGGGGGCGCCACCAACAAGCCCCCUCUUACGCUGUCACAUUCGCACCCACACACACACUCCCUCACCCACCCUGUGCACGUGCAAACGCCGCACCCGGCAUCCCACCCCGUGCACCAGCCUCACUUCGUCUUCACCAGCCCUCCUCCUCCGCCUUUCCCUGCUCCCACUCAGCCGCCUCCAGUCUCUGCAUCCGCCACUGCCCACCACGGGCAGCCGGCCGCCCAGUAUCUGCCCCAGUAUCCACCGCUGUCCUCCAUCCCCCCUCCCCCCCUCCACUCCCCUUUACCCCCCCCUUCCUCCCCCCUUAUCCCUCUUACACCUCUCUCCCCUCUCCCCCCCCAGCACCAAGGCCCUCCUUCCCAACCGGGGGGUCAGCAAGGACCCUUGCCGGGUCAGACUGGAGCAGGACCUGGGGGGACGGGUACAGUCGAACGCGCCAAAUCCAAAUCUACCAACCGGAUCAGCACGGUAGUGUGAGCCGGGGGAAGUCACGAGGCUGGGGUUCCCUGAAGGGUCCUUUGGUGGCUGGAGGAGGGACUACUGCGAGGGUGGAGGAGGUGGGCUGCAGCAGGUCAAAAGGCGAUAACAACACUAGUGGCAAAAAGAAACGCAGCCUCCUGAGACUCUGUUACUUUCACUUGCGUUUCCCACAAGUUUAGGGCUAAAAAACGGGCACUGAAGGGACUUGACGAGAAAAAGCUGUGCAAACAAACAUGUGAGCAUGUGGUAUAACGUGGUGACAACAAAGUAUACAGAUAGUUUGAUACACAUGAAGGCUCUCAGGUAGAUUAGUGCUGAGUUGUUGUAGAUGCCAUUGUCAUAUGGUAAUGGAGCCAAACAAUAACUUUCAUGCUUCUCCUUAAAAAAAAUAACACAUUUAGGCAUAAUUUAUAAUCCUUAAGCAUGCAAAAGGAUUACAAACAUGUGGACUCAAAUAAAAAUCAAAUGUCCACAGUCUUGAUUCAAUUGCUUGUAGCCAUAAUGUUAGGGGGAAAUGUUUGGAUAGCACUUUCAUUAUUGCAGGUAUUCACAGGCAUUGCUGAACCAGUUUGAAUACCUUUUUUGAACUGAGAACCUGUCCAGAAAAUGUGAAGACUAGAUAGCAUACUAAUGACUCUAUACUCCAUAUAUUCUAAGACAUUAAAAUCAAAGCACAGUACAUGUUCAAUGAUCUAUUACAUUCCAGAAUAACUGUCCAAGUGAAACGUGUUUAGCAUUAGUCAAUAGCAGUUGCAAAUAUGCAAUAAACUUUUCACAAAAUUGA